UUCCAGGUCCUCCUGCUGGAGUUAAAGCAGCUGCUGCCUCGGCCUCCACAGUUUUUGUGUCCUGGCUGCCUCCCCUGAAGCUGAACGGCAUCAUCCGGAAAUACACGGUGUUCUGCUCACACCCCUACCCCACAGUGAUCAGCGAGUUUGAAGCCUCUCCCGACUCAUUUUCCUACAGAAUCCCCAACCUGAGCCGGAAUCGCCAGUACAGCGUGUGGGUGGUGGCCGUGACGGCUGCGGGAAGAGGCAACAGCAGCGAGAUCAUCACCGUGGAGCCACUGGCCAAAGCUCCUGCCAGGAUCCUGACGUUCAGCGGGACGGUGACAACGCCCUGGAUGAAGGACAUUGUCCUCCCUUGCAAAGCCGUGGGGGACCCGGCUCCAACAGUCAAAUGGAUGAAGGAUAGUAACGGGACACCCAGUCUAGUGAUGAUUGAUGGGCGAAGGAGCAUCUUCAGCAACGGCAGCUUCGUCAUCAGGACUGUGAAAGCAGAAGACUCUGGGUACUACAGCUGUGUGGCCAGCAACAACUGGGGAUCAGAUGAAAUCAUUCUGAAUUUGCAGGUACAAGUUCCACCAGACCAGCCAAGACUCACUGUAUCCAAAACUACAUCUUCCUCUAUCACUCUUUCCUGGAUACCUGGAGACAAUGGUGGCAGUUCUAUCCGAGGUUACAUUCUGCAGUACUCAGAGGAUAACAGUGAGCAGUGGGGCAGUUUCCCCAUCAGCCCCAGUGAGAGGUCCUACAGGCUGGAAACCCUGAAAUGUGGCACCUGGUACAAGUUCACCCUGACUGCUCAGAACGGGGUGGGGCCGGGGCGCAUCAGCGAGAUCAUCGAGGCCAAGACGCUCGGCAAAGAGCCACAGUUUUCCAAGGAGCAAGAGCUCUUUGCCAGCAUCAACACCACCCGGGUGAGGCUGAACCUGAUCGGCUGGAACGACGGCGGCUGCCCCAUCACCUCCUUCACCCUGGAGUACCGGCCCUUUGGGACCACGGUCUGGACAACGGCCCAGAGGACAUCCCUGUCCAAAUCCUACAUCCUCUACGACCUCCAGGAGGCCACCUGGUACGAGCUGCAAAUGAGAGUGUGCAACAGUGCUGGCUGUGCAGAGAAACAAGCCAAAUUCGCCACGCUCAAUUAUGAUGGCAGUACAAUCCCUCCUCUCAUCAAGUCGGUGGUGCAGAGCGAGGAAGGGCUGGGAACCAACGAAGGGCUGAAGAUGCUGGUGACCAUCUCCUGUAUCUUGGUUGGGGUCUUGCUGCUCUUUGUGAUGCUGCUGAUCGUGAGGAGGAGGAGGAGGGAGCAGAGGCUGAAGAGGCUGCGAGGUAAGGUGGUGUUUGUGGAACUUCUCUCUACCUGA